GUCGUUUAUGACAGUUAGACUUACCUUGAGUUCUCUUCAAUACAAAGUCGCCCUCUUUUUCACUUAAUUCUGUACUUUCGUCUGUAGAUGCACAUGUUCUAGCCGCCAUUCUAACAUUAAAACUAACAUAGAGUAGAAAUUGGAAAAUGAUUAGGUUGCGUAUGGUUUACCAGACAGGUCUGGAAGUGUUGCCAGAAUCGCACAAUCACUGAAUUUCCUUUCUGACACCAAAAAGCCGGAGUCCAGACGUGCAGACACGACUGGCGACACUGGCACAACACUGCGCUUGCCUACAUGUUUGGCCAGGGCCCUCUCAUGCAAAAAGGCAGCCAAGAUUUUUGCACACCCAUGGCACGACAAAGUUCUCAGUUCCCACACUCUGACACUGAAGAAAGAUAAUGUGGAUUCAUUGAAUUGUCAUCAUGAGGAAAGUCUUAUCCCAUCUACCAACAGUAACACCGCUUAACAUUGACCAGGUUCAUACUCGACAGCAAUACUGGUUGUGUUCCUCUUCACUGCUGGGUUGUACAAGUUACCUCUCCUCCAAACUCCUCAAAUAUUUGUGCUAUACAUAUGCUUGUCUGGAGCUGUUGGAGUGUUGGUAACAUCAUUGAUUAUGGGUCACUGGUCACCUCUGUGGCUGUUUGAAGUCAUAUCUGCAAAACCUAGCAGACGGAUUUUGAUGGCUUGGUGGUCAGUUCUCAGUAUUUUAUCUGUGGUCAUCACCAUGAUAGCUAAAAGGACAAACAAGAUGCCAACAACUAUUCUUCGGAAGGUGUAUCAUUUGAUUAUAGUUCUGGUAUUUACACCAGGCAUCAUGUUUGAACCAGCCAUCACUCAACUGGCUGCUACAGCUGCACUGAUGCUAUGCUGGAUAUUAGAG